GUUUUGCCUUAAAUCUAAGAGCAGUUUACUCAACAUGGAGGCAGCAGCCAGCGUUUGGCACUUCUUCUCUCUUUGGCUCCAGCAGGGAAAGAGUUAACGCGCCGAUCCGUCCCGCGGGUGCUGGUUGGGUCGCCUGACUGUGCUGAGGGAGGAUACUUGAGGAGAUGCAACAGAUCUUUUCCCAACAAACUGCCAUCAUCUCGUCCUCCGCCGGCAGAAAAAUGACGGAUUGACGACGUUCUUUCUUUUCUGGUCUGUUGAGACGCUCUUUUCCUCCAAAACUUCUGUUCAUCUGGGCGCUAUGUGGAGACAAUGCGAGCGCAGGUGAGGUGAGAGCUCUGUGUGGUUUUUGUCCGUGUGUCCAUGUGUGAAGUUACACAGGAGCUUAAAACUCAUAUCUAUGCCGAUCUUAGGAUGCGCAAAACUACAUGAUGGAGCUUCUGCGCUGAAGGUCGUGUAAAAUCCCACCUAGACCGACCUCCUAUGCAGCCGCCUGGAACUUAAUGUAACGUUAUCGCAGUAAUUCGAAAUUAAAGCACAAGUUUCCAGCCGCUUCCAGCUCUUCCCUCUGCUUUGGUCUCAGUCGUCUGGAGAGCAUCAGGUGGCUGUGUGUCGUGUCCCCCCGCGGCCCCUGGCACCCAUGUGGCUCUGCUGAUCGCACCAUGCUGAGGCUCGUCACGGCGCCCGGCUGCUGUCGCUCGUGCAGAUGAUAGACGUUGGAAAGCGCAGACGUUUCGCCAUCGGCCAGCGGCCCGCCCGUCCAAAUCUAUGAUCAGCUCGGUGUGUGUUUCGUCUUACCGCGGGCGCAAGUCAGGCAACAAACCUCCGUCCAAAACAUGUCUGAAGGAGGAGAUGGCCAGGGCCGAGGACUCGGACAAGAUCAUCCUCAACGUUGGCGGCACGCGCCACGAGACGUACAAGAGCACGCUUAGGAGCCUGCCGGGCACGCGGCUCGCGUGGCUCGCGGACACGGACCCUACCACCGCCACCACGACCAGCACCACGACCACGACCAUCACGACCACAGCCACCACCACCACCAACCCCACCACCACCACCAACGAGUUCUUCUUCGACCGCCACCCGGCCAUCUUCGCCUACGUGCUCAACUACUACCGCACGGGCAAGUUGCACUGUCCCGCCGACGUGUGCGGGCCGCUCUUUGAGGAGGAGCUCGCCUUCUGGGGCAUCGAUGAGACGGACGUGGAGCCGUGCUGCUGGAUGACGUACCGACAGCACCGCGACGCCGAGGAGGCGCUCGACAUCUUCGAGCCGCCAGAGCCCGACAACGACGGCGACGACGACGAGCGCCUGGGAAUAGAGGACGCGCCCGAGCGCGCGCGCAGCCGUUUCGUCGCCUGGCAGCCCAAGAUAUGGGCACUCUUUGAAGACCCCUACUCCUCUCGAGCCGCAAGGAUUGUUGCCUUCGUCUCUCUUUUUUUCAUCCUGGUCUCCAUCACUAACUUCUGCCUAGAGACCCACGAGGCCUUUAACGAGCUUCAGAACCGUACUAAGGUAAUUACUGAUGGCAACACCACAAAGGUGGUGGCCACUCUGGAGGUGGUGACCAAGCCUGCGCUCACCCUUGUGGAGGGCAUCUGUGUGGUGUGGUUUACCUUUGAGUUCCUGGUGCGCAUCAUCUGCUGUCCGGACAAGCUGGUCUUCAUUAAGAACCUUCUGAACAUUAUUGACUUUGUGGCCAUUCUACCCUUCUAUCUGGAAAUGAGUCUGAGCGGACUGUCCUCCAAAGCUGCCUCAGAUGUGCUCGGGUUCUUGCGAGUGGUGCGUUUUGUGCGGAUUUUGCGGAUCUUCAAGUUGACUCGACAUUUUGUAGGGUUGAGGGUGCUUGGCCACACCCUGCGAGCCAGUGUUAAUGAGUUCUGCCUCCUUAUCAUCUUCCUUGCCCUUGGUGUUCUCAUCUUUGCCACCAUGAUCUACUAUGCUGAGCGUAUCGGAGCAGACCCGAAUGACCCUCAUGGCAGCCUUCACACUCAUUUUAAGAACAUUCCAAUCAGCUUCUGGUGGGCAGUGGUCACAAUGACAACCCUGGGUUACGGGGACAUGUAUCCUCAGACCUGGCUGGGUAUGAUGGUUGGUGCUCUGUGUGCGUUAGCAGGCGUGCUGACCAUUGCCAUGCCUGUCCCUGUUAUUGUAAAUAAUUUCGGAAUGUACUACUCCCUGGCCAUGGCCAAACAGAAGCUGCCCAAGAAGAAGAAGCGGCACCUCCCCAACCCUGAUGCAGUGUUGGAUUCAGCCUCGUUUGGAAAAUCAGAGAGCAACUCCCAUAGGAACAGCACGCAAAGUGACACAUGCCCUCUUGCACCUGAGGAGAACAUUGUGAGAAACCGUUCAGACUCAAAGCAGAAUGGGGAUGCUAAUGCAGCUCUGUCAGAUGAAGAGGGUUGCAGUCUGACCCAGCCACUUUCCCCCAGUGAGAAGUGGUCCUUACGUCGCUCACGCAACCGAGACAAGGGCAAGAAAGAGGGGACCUGCUUCCUCCUGACCUCUGGAGACUUCUCCUGUGGAGCUGAUCCCGCCAUUCGCACAGAGACCUGCAAAGACGCCCUUGCAGCCACAGCCAGCUAUACCCAGCCUGAAGUGACUACCUUGACCUGAAGCACCAAAUGCAUCAUGAUGAAGCCUUCGGACCUCUUUAGGGGUGAUUGGGGUCACUCUUUCAUCCAGCAGCCACAUCCAUGCAUUAAGUUCCCUUCCCUUAAACAACACAUUCAUCUGCUAGUAGUAUAUGUAACGCUUUUGAUGGCAUAGUCAUAUACACAUCUACUUGUCCUCAAUCAACCCAGCAUGUCUUUGCAUGAUCUUGCUCUGUAUGUCAUACCUUGGACCUGAAGUAACAUUGAUGUACUUAAUAACUAGGGCACAUGAGUGUACUGUAUGUCGUCUUAUCUGAGGUGAAUUCUCACAAUGCCGUUAACAUUGUAAGCAUCAUUGUGGAAACCUUUGUUCCAUAUGAGCAAUAUUUCCUUUAAUCUUCAGGAACUUUUAAACUGUUUGUGAGUGGGGAGGUUUUUGAGGUAUACAAUAUCAGAGUUGGAUUUUCAGAAGUGAACACAAGCUCAUGAGGUGUGCCAUAGUGUACUGUAGAACCAAUGUCUGAUAAUCAGUCGAGUCACGUCCUUAUAUCGAAUAAAUCUAGUUCUGUAAAUCAUCACUGUCCUUAUGAUACCAAUUGGAUGCUUGGCUUUGUUUAGACUAUAGCAUAGUAGGCCUGUUUCUGAUCAGCAUCAUACCACAGCUCUGCUACUCUGCUAAAGAGACAGUGGCAGUGUGCAAUGGACCUGCAGAACACACUGGAACUAAACAAUGUGCUUCUAAGAAGCCUUUCGUCUCUGGGAAACCCUUUUAGACAGCUGCUUUGAAGAGACAUUUUCCAAAGACAUGAUUUUGUUCCCCUUUUUUCGAAGAACCACUUGAAAAGGGGUUAUUGUAGAGAUUAAAAAAAGAUUCUUUGAUGCACCUCUGUUAAAGAGACAGAAGCGCUCAUAUUUUUAUGGCUUCAAUUGAAAAAAACACCAAUCAAUUCUUUAUAAAAGAGCCCUGCAUCACUUGUCUUCGUUUUCUGUGACCAUCUGUAAUGUCACUGGUUGAAAGGGGACCAAGCACCAUUAUGGUUAUAUGUGAGUGACUACCUAAACCCCCUUUAUAGGGAUACAUGCUGUAAUCUGCCCCAGUUGUGCCUACAGUCAUGUAAUAGAGAAAAUUGCCCAUUGUUCUUGGAGAAGUGAACAUAUGUCCUUCAUAUUUGGACACGUGGACAGAGGAAUAUAGAGUAUAAUCUGUCAAACAGGCGAGUUGUUCUGGUUUUUUUUUUCAGUAUAUAGUCUGCCAUAGUUGCCUUAUGUUUAAGAAGCAAACAGAAUGUUAGUUUCAUUUAAUGUACAAGCCCACUCCUAGACUAGAAAGUACAAUUUGUAAAUAAAAGCACAGUCAUAUGUAGCACAGUAUGUAAGGUUGUUGCAUAUAUUAUACAGUUAGCAUAAUCUUGCCACAAAUGCAUUAUCUGCUAUUACAGUAACUAUAUGUGAAAUUGAGAGAGGUUAUUUUUUCUAUUGUAUUUGUCUUUGACGUUGCUUCCCCCAAAACAUCUGCGUGUGUACUUGGGGAGACGUAACACACCAAUAAGAGUUUCCUCAUGUAAGAUUGUAUGGUACAGUACAGUAACCGUUAAUGAAACUGUAUAAUGUGUGUCUAUGGUGAUGCUGUUAAUAUAUCGUAUCAUGUAGGCAUGUGUUUCUAUGCACCUCUGCAGGAAUACAAAUAAAUAAAAUAUUCCCCAAAUGCUGAA